UGUUACAGCUAGGAAGGCAAAUGACGCUAAGAAAUGGAUGCAAAUGCAUUAGCCCGCAGCAAAGGGCACGGCAGAGAAGGCAGGCCCAUUAGCAGCCAUCCAGGCUCUGCCCUUCAAGGGAUGUGAGCAAGGCCCCUUAAUUUAAGGAUGGGCAAACCAGUCUGAGUCAGCAUCGCGAGGGGAGAGGAGAAAGAAAUCUGCUCCAAAGGCAACAACUGAGCGAAGGAAGAGCUGAAAUGGCUCGAGCGUGCCAACACGGACAUGUGCAGCCACCUCCGGCUCGCCUGGCCCCGCUGCUACAGAAAAGGCGGUUUCUGGCCGAUACUCAGCUCUGCGGAGCGGGACAGUGGGAACACGAGGAGCCGCUUUAUGAAUGUGCCCUCUGUGCUCGUGGUCUCUAGGGCCCCUCUGCGGGGGGGGUGACCUGGCUCCGGUUCGGGCUGGGCUCUCCCCGCGCAGGAUCAGUGACAGUCACCGCGUAAAGUGCAUUUUCCCCCUGCUUUCUCGCAGCUAACCUGCAGAGAAAACAAUUCCCUGCUAUAGCUACCAACUACCAGAGCUGCUGGAGACGACGACAGUAUGGCUCUCGAAAUUGGCCUUUGAUUAGAGAAGAAAGCUAUCGUGAGCGGGAAAGGGCAGCGCUGCUGUGCACUGGGAGGAGGAGCCGGCGCAGAGCUCGCUGCCUGCCGUGGGAGGGGACCGCACGCAUGGUAGCAGGCCUGUACCCCUCCCGACCCGAGCCAUGCUGUAAGGUGAGGGCAGCCCGGCCGGCCAGCCAGCAGCGGGAGCGAUGGCCCAGUCUCGGGCCAACGGCUCGCACUACGCCCUGACGGCGAUAGGGCUGGGGAUGCUCGUCCUCGGCAUCAUCAUGGCCGUCUGGAACCUCGUCCCCGGCUUCGGCCCCGCCGACAAACCCGCCACCCACGCCGGGAACAGCAGCAAGCCCGACCGCGGCACCGGGGGCAUUUUGAAGAGCAAGACCUUCUCGGUGGCGUACGUGUUGGUAGGGGCAGGCGUGCUGCUGCUGCUGCUCUCCAUCUGCUUGAAUAUCCGGGACAAGAAGAGGCAAAACGAAGAUAUCGUUCACGUGCAGCACCAAGCAUCUGCAGAGCCCUCGCACCAGGAGGACAGUCAAGAAGAGGACGAAGACGUGUCUUCCCAGUACUACGUCCCCAGCUACGAGGAGGUGAUGAACACGGGCUACUCUGAGCCGAGAGACUCAGACAGGAGCAACAGGAUCAGCGUCUCCCUGCCCUCCUACGAGUCGCUGACGGGGCUCGAUGAAAGCACCCAGCCGCCGGGAGCCGCCGGCGCGGAGCCCGGCACGGAGCGGCAGCCCAGCCGGCACAGCUCGCGCCUGAGCAAGCGGCUGAAGCCGCUGAAGGUCCGGAGGAUCAAGUCAGAGAAGCUGCACUUGAAGGACAUCAGGCUAAACCUUGCGCAGGGGAACAGCACAGCUCCUAUCACGAUAGAGCCGCUGACUCCUCCGCCCAAGUACGAGGAGAUCCAGGAGAAAGUGCCAGAGAGCCAGCAAAUGACUUAAAAAAAAAAAAAAAAAAAAAAAAAAAAAAAGAAUCUGUGAUGCUGCUGAGGGUUUGUUUUUUGGGGUAUUUUUGGUUUGUUUUUUUUUUCUUUUAAAAUAACCACACUAAGUGGGGCUCGGUCUGUGGGUGCAGAAGCGGUCAGGGCUCCCUGGAAGCUGCCAUGCAGAGGACACAAUGGGUGCGUAGCGCUGCGGCAUGGGGACGGGACAAUCUUUUCCCGGGACGGGGCUUUACAAAAGACUGUGGGGAAAGAAACCUGAAUGCCUAUAGCUCUGCUGCUCUGAAGUAAAUGAAGGCUGGAAGUACCAAAAGCGUAGUUAGUGGUGUUUUGCAUAAGGACCACCAAUGCAUCUUCUUACCCCCUCUCCCCUUUGCUGCCAGCAAGACUCUUCCAAGCCACCAAACUGAUAUUGAACAAGGAUUUUCCAAGUGGAAAAGGGAAACGUUCCUUGUUUUUUCAGUGCCUUUUCUUUCCGAGUAAGGGAAACUGCGUUGCCAGAGUAGCGCUGCGGCUUUCCCCCGGCUCCCGGCUGGGGCUGGGAUGGUGGCCCAGGGCCAGCCCCGACUCCUGCCAAGGUCUGUGCUUGCUGGUGGGAAGUGGGCCGAAACGGGCCCCGUGGUCCUCGGGGAGAGGAUGGAUUUCUCGCCUCGGUUGCCUUCCACUGUUGUGUUUUGUGCUUCGAUGAGAAGGAACGGUCCGUUCGAGGCAAGUGGAUAAAUCCAGGGGGUUGGGAGCCGAGUGCGCCGCUGCCAGGAGGUGUGCAGGGUAAAACGACGGCUGAGCAUGCUGUGCGAGCAGUUCUAAAUAAAUAUUUUGUACAUUG